CGGGUUACCUUCAGUAUGAGGAGAACAGUAGUAUUUGGAAUUGCCUUCUUCGUGUCGCAUAUCGUGGUUUGUCGAGCCACAUUCGACAGCCCCAGUUACGUCUGUAUCAGCGACAAAAGUUGUAACGGCAACGGCACGUGUCCUCAUCCCUGUCAUUCUCAAUGCCAGUGUUCCAACGGAUACAGUGGCGAUGCCUGUACGAAACCCCCAAUCUGCACUGCUAAGGGAAACGAGUGUGGCGACAAUGGUAACUGUGACACAUCCUCCGAAGAAUAUACCUGCAAAUGCAAGAACGACUACACUGGCCCAAAGUGCAGAACAGAGCCUUUCUGCACUAUUGGAGGAAACGAUUGCGGUGCUAACGGAAACUGCACACGCAGUCGCAGUUACUAUGGAAGCUCUUCAUACUCAUGUGUCUGCAAAAACGGGUAUACAGGAGACAGAUGCAACAUUGCCCCUUUCUGUACCAUUGGAGGAAACGAUUGCGGUGCUAACGGAAACUGCACAGAGAGCAGUUAUUAUGGACCCUCUUCAUACUCAUGUGUCUGCAGAAACGGAUAUACAGGAGACAGAUGCAACGUUGCGCCUUUCUGCACCAUUGGAGAAACGAUUGCGGUGCUAACGGAAACUGCACACGCAGUCGCAGUUACUAUGGAAGCUCUUCAUACUCAUGUGUCUGCAGAAACGAUAUACAGGAGACAGAUGCAACGUUGCUUUUCAUACUCAUGUGUCUGUCUGCAAAACGGGUAUACAGGAGACAGAUGCAACGUUGCCCCCUUCUGCACGGCUGGAGGAGGUGAAUGUGGCGUCAAUGGAGCCUGUGAUACAUCGACAUAUUCCUGUUCCUGCAAGAACGGAUACACGGGUCCCAAGUGUACUACACCGCCUUUCUGCACCAUUGGAGGAAACGAUUGCGGUGCUAACGGAAACUGCACACGAAGUCGCAGUUACUAUGGAAGCUCUUCAUACUCAUGUGUCUGCAAAAACGGGUAUACAGGAGACAGAUGCAACGUUGCCCCCUUCUGCACGGCUGGAGGAGGUAAAUGUGGCGUCAAUGGAGCCUGUGACACAUCGACAUAUUCCUGUUCCUGCAAGAACGGAUACACGGGUCCCAAGUGUACUACACCCCCUUUCUGUACCAUUGGAGGAAACGAUUGCGGUACCAACGGGGAUUGCACACAGAGCAGAAAUUACUAUGGAGACUCUUCAUACUCAUGUGUCUGCAAAAACGGGUAUACAGGAGGCAGGUGCAACAUUGCCCCCUUCUGCACGGCUGGAGGAGGUGAAUGUGGCGUCAAUGGAGCCUGUGAUACAUCGACAUAUUCCUGUUCCUGCAAGAACGGAUACACGGGUCCCAAGUGUACUACACCCCCUUUCUGUACCAUUGGAGGAAACGAUUGCGGUACCAACGGGGAUUGCACACAGAGCAGAAAUUACUAUGGAGACUCUUCAUACUCAUGUGUCUGCAAAAACGGGUAUACAGGAGGCAGGUGCAACAUUGCCCCCUUCUGCACGGCUGGAGGAGGUGAAUGUGGCGUCAAUGGAGCCUGUGAUACAUCGACAUAUUCCUGUUCCUGCAAGAACGGAUACACGGGUCCCAAGUGUACUACACCGCCUUUCUGCACCAUUGGAGGAAACGAUUGCGGUGCUAACGGAAACUGCACACGAAGUCGCAGUUACUAUGGAAGCUCUUCAUACUCAUGUGUCUGCAAAAACGGGUAUACAGGAAACAAAUGCAACGUUGCCCCCUUCUGCACUGCUGGUGGAGGUGAAUGUGGAGUCAAUGGAGCCUGUGACACAUCGACAUAUUCCUGUUCCUGCAGGAACGGAUACACGGGUCCCAAGUGUACUACACCGCCUUUCUGCACCAUUGGAGGAAACGAUUGCGGUGCUAACGGAAACUGCACACGAAGUCGCAGUUACUAUGGAAGCUCUUCAUACUCAUGUGUCUGCAAAAACGGGUAUACAGGAAACAAAUGCAACGUUGCCCCUUUCUGUAUCAUUGGAGGAAACGAUUGCGGUACCAACGGGGAUUGCACACAGAGCAGCAGUUACUAUGGAGACUCUUCAUACUCAUGUGUCUGCAAAAACGGGUAUACAGGAGGCAGGUGCAACAUUGCCCCCUUCUGCACUGCUGGUGGAGGUGAAUGUGGAGUCAAUGGAGACUGUGACACAUCAACAUAUUCCUGUACCUGCAAGAACGGAUACACGGGUCCCAAGUGUACUACACCCCCUUUCUGUACCAUUGGAGGAAACGAUUGCGGUACCAACGGGGAUUGCACACAGAGCAGCAGUUACUAUGGAGACUCUUCAUACUCAUGUGUCUGCAAAAACGGGUAUACAGGAGGCAGGUGCAACAUUGCCCCAAUCUGCACUGCUGGAGAAGGUGAAUGUGGCAUCAAUGGAGACUGUAACACAUCGGGACCAAGGUAUUACUGUUCCUGCAAGAACGGAUACACAGGUCGCAUAUGCACUACAGCCCCCUUCUGCACUGCUGGUGGAGGUGAAUGUGGAGUCAAUGGAGACUGUGACACAUCAACAUAUUCCUGUACCUGCAAGAACGGAUACACGGGUCCCAAGUGCACUACACCGCCUUUCUGCACCAUUGGAGGAAGCGAUUGCGGCGCCAACGGGAACUGCACGCGCAGACGCAUUAGCUUCGGACGUUAUUCAUACUCAUGUGACUGCAGGAACGGCUAUACAGGAGACAGAUGCAACGUUGCGCCUUUCUGCACCAUUGGAGGAAGCGAUUGCGGCGCCAAUGGGAACUGCACGCGCAGACGCAGUUACUAUGGACGUUAUUCAUACUUAUGUGACUGCAGGAACGGCUAUACAGGAAACAGAUGCAACGUUGCUCCCAUCUGCACUGCUCUCGGAAACCAGUGUGGUUUUAACGGAGAUUGCGAUACUUCCAGCUCCAGACAUUUCUGUCGAUGCCGCAAUGGAUACACUGGCCAAACGUGUGCGAAAGCGCCUUUCUGCACCAUUGGAGGAAGCGAUUGCGGCGCCAACGGGAACUGCACGCGCAGACGCAGUUACUAUGGACGUUAUUCAUACUCAUGUGACUGCAGGAACGGCUAUACAGGAGACAGAUGCAACGUUGCUCCCAUCUGCACUGCUCUCGGAAACCAGUGUGGCUUUAACGGAGAUUGCGAUACUUCCAGCUCCAGACAUUUCUGUCGAUGCCUCAAUGGAUACACUGGCCAAACGUGUGCGAAAGCCCCGAUCUGCACGGCUCAGGGAAAUGAGUGUGGGGACAAUGGCGAUUGUGAAACAUCGGGAAGGAAGUACGUCUGUUCUUGCAGGAAUGGAUAUACUGGCCCAAAAUGUACCUCACCGCCCUUCUGCACACCUGGAGGAAGCACGUGUGGCGACAAUGGUUAUUGUUCUAGAAGAGGAAGUUACUGUGUCUGCAAUAACGGCUACACAGGACCAAGGUGUACAAUAGCCCCGUUCUGCAUUGUUGGUGGGACAGAUUGCGGCCCCAAUGGGUUAUGCACGGAAGUACUACGAAACUACGUAUGCAAAUGUAGCAACGGCUACGCGGGAGACAGAUGCACCGUCGCAACAAAACCCGUGUGCACUAUUGGGGGCAGCGAAUGCGGCGCUAACGGAGUCUGCGAAGUCUGGGAAGCCUUGGAACCGGAAAAUUAUUGUGCCUGCAAGAAUGGAUACAGUGGGAAAACAUGUAACAUAGCCCCAGUUUGUGCAGCAUCAGGGGAUACGUGCAGCGGACAUGGCGAAUGCAACAUAUGCACUAACUAUCACUACUGUCAGUGUUCUGACGGCUACAAUGGGGACACCUGCUCUGUUGGGGAAAAAACAGGAAACAAUCCCAGUAAACCAGGAAACAAUCCAAGUAAACCAGGAAACAUUCCCAGUAAACCAGGAAACAAUCCCAGUAAACCAGGAAACAAUCCAAGUAAACCAGGAAACAAUCCAAGUGUCGCCCCUGAUGUUACAAUGCUUUCUGUGACAACCAUGGUGAUGUGUGUAUUUGGUAGUAUGAUGUUAAGAUAGAUACUAUGACAUCUUAAUGAUCUGUGUAUUUGGAAGUAUGAUGUUAAGGUAGAUCCUUUGACAACUAAAUGACCUAUUUUUGUGGAAGUAUGAUGUUAAGGUAGUUCCUUUGACAACUUAAUGAUCGGUAAAUUUGGAAGUAUGAUGUUAAGGUAGGUCGUUUGACAACCUUAGGAUCUGUGUGUCUGGAAGUGUGAUGUUAAUGUAGAUCCUUUGACCACUUAAUGACCUAUGUUCGUGGAAGUAUGAUGUAAGAGUAGUUCCAUUCACAACUUAAUGAUCGGUGUAUUCAGAAGUAAGAUGUUAAGGUAGUUCCUUUGACAGCUUAACGAUCUGUGCUUGUGGAAGUAUGAUGUCAAGGUAGAUCCUUCGACAACUUAAUGAUCUGUGUAUUCGGAUGUAAGAAGUUAGGGUAUUUUCUUUUACAACUUAAUGAUCUGUGUUUGUAGAAGUAUGAUGUUAAGGUACUUCCUUUGACAACUUAACGAUCUGUAUAUUUGGAAGUAUGAUUCUAAUGUAGAUCCUUUGACACAUUAAUGACCUGUGUUUGUGGAAGUAUGAUCCUAAUGUAGAUCCUUUGACAAAUUAAUGAC